CACACAUUCAAAUCCUUUUUCACGUUUCAGAGGCAGAGAGAAUAGUCUGUGAGAGAGAGAGAGGGAGAGGGAGAUAGAGAGAGAGUGUAUGUGUCAUCUCUUCCUUAUCUUUCUUACUCUAUCUAUCCGUAAUCCAUAUAUAUAAUAGCUUCGUAUGUAUAAAUUCUGAGAUAUACAUAAGACGUCACCGUAACGAUAUCGUUAUCUCAUUCCGUCCGUUUCACACUUCUCUUGAUUCACCUAUUGCGUUAACGCUCCUCACUUCUCUCUCUCUCUCUCUCAACCCCUCUUUUUUAGUUUCCAGGAAAAUUUUCUGCAAAAACCCUCUUGGAUUUGACUCAUAAUCUUACAAUUUUGGGGUUGGAUUUGAGAACCCAUUUGGCUCUUUAAUUCAUAGGAGGCAAUAAUUUGAAGAAACUUGGAGGUCAAACCUUUAAGAUCAAGAGGUUGGUUUCUGUUUCUUUGAUUUUCUUUUUCUCAUAUGUAGGAUCUUUGUAUGUUUGAUUUGUUGAGGGGUCAGUUCUUGAGCCGAACGUAGUUUCAACUUUGAUGAUUUUGAAGUGGGUAAUUCUCAUCCUUCUUUGAUUUUCCUUGAAAUUUGUUGACAACCCACUAAUUCAGGGCAAAAACCCAUUUGGAAUUUGCUGAUUUUGAAGUGGGAAUUCUCAUUCCUCCUUGAUUUUCCUUGGAAUUUGUUAACAACCCACUAAUUUAGGUCAAAACCUCAUUUGGGAUAUCAUUUAUAUCUAUUGAUUUGAGAGGGGGGAGAAAUUUUGUUGUAUCAAAUUCAGUUCUUUCUUCCAGGGAAUACUUAAUUUGAUUUCUUUAUUGCAAACUCAUACUUUCAAUUUUGAGAAUUGUUGCAAUUGUUCACUCCAGUUGUAGAGUUAGCCAUUUAAGUAUAAUUUCAAUUUUGAGAAUUGUUACAAUUGUUCACUCCAGUUGUAGAGUUAGCCAUUUAAGUGCCAAUCCUAUUUCUCUCUCUUGAAAUAUGGAUAUCAGUAAUGAGGUCAGUGUUGAUCCAUUCUCAAUUGGACCUUCAACCAUUGUGGGUAGGGCAAUUGCUUUCAGAAUCUUAUUCUGCAAGUCAAUUUCACAUUUGAAGCAUGAAAUCUUUCAUCUCCUAUUACAUUACUUCACUAGAGUUAAGAAGUAUUUGAAGAACUCAUUGAUUCCGGUGAUCUCAUGGCUUCAUCCCCGAAACCCGCAAGGGAUCUUAGUAAUGGUGACAGUUUGUGCUUUCUUGUUGAAACGAUACACAAAUGUAAAAUCGAGGGCUGAUAUGGCUUAUCGGAGGAAAUUUUGGAGGAAUAUGAUGAGAGCUGCAUUGAGCUAUGAGGAAUGGGCUCAUGCUGCUAAGAUGUUGGAAAAAGAGAGCCCAAAAUUGAAUGAAUCCGACCUUUAUGAUGAGGAAUUGGUGAGGAAUAAGCUCCAAGAGCUCCGGCACCGUAGAGAAAACUGUUCUCUGAGAGAUAUUAUAUUUUGUAUGCGAGCUGACCUUGUCCGAAAUCUUGGUAAUAUGUGCAACCCUGACUUACACAAGGGUAGGCUUCAAGUGCCCAAACUCAUAAAGGAGUAUAUUGAUGAGGUUUCAACUCAGAUGAGAAUGGUUUGUGACUCUGAUUCAGAGGAGCUUCUCUUGGAGGAGAAGCUUGCUUUUAUGCAUGAAACAAGGCAUGCCUUUGGGAGAACAGCUUUGCUUUUAAGUGGGGGUGCUUCUCUCGGAUCUUUCCACGUGGGUGUGGUGAAAACCUUGGUUGAGCAUAGGCUUUUGCCUCGGAUUAUUGCAGGGUCAAGUGUUGGAUCAAUUAUGUGUUCUGUCGUAGCCACUAGGUCUUGGCCCGAGCUUCAAAGUUUCUUUGAGGAUUCUUGGCACUCUUUGCGGUUUUUUGAUCAAAUGGGUGGGAUUUUUGCAGUUUGCCGGAGGAUUAUGACCCGAGGAGCAGUUCAUGAGAUCAGACAGUUACAGAUGAUGUUAAGGCAUCUUACCAAUAAUCUUACAUUCCAAGAAGCUUAUGACAUGACUGGUCGAAUUCUAGGGAUCACAGUUUGCUCCCUAAGGAAGCAUGAACCUCCGAGAUGCCUUAAUUACCUAACUUCACCUCAUGUUGUCAUAUGGAGUGCGGUGACUGCUUCUUGUGCCUUUCCUGGCCUUUUUGAAGCUCAGGAACUAAUGGCAAAGGAUAGAAGUGGAGAAAUUGUUCCAUAUCACCCACCAUUUCAUUUUGUUCCUGGUGAGGGUUCAGGCUCAUCUGCCCGCCAGUGGAGGGAUGGUAGCUUGGAGAUUGAUCUACCCAUGAUGCAGUUGAAGGAGCUGUUCAAUGUCAAUCAUUUUAUUGUGAGUCAAGCAAAUCCUCAUAUUGCACCAUUACUGAGGCUGAAGGAGGUUGUGAGAGCUUAUGGGGGCAACUUUGCUGCCAAGCUAGCUCAUCUAGUUGAGAUGGAGGUGAAACACAGAUGCAACCAGAUAUUGGAACUUGGUUUUCCACUAGGAGGCAUCGCCAAGCUGUUUGCUCAAGAUUGGGAGGGUGAUGUCACUGUUGUAAUGCCUGCUACCCUAGCUCAAUACUCAAAAAUCAUACAGAAUCCAUCUCAUUUGGAGCUUCAAAAGGCAUCUAACCAAGGAAGGAGGUGCACUUGGGAGAAGCUCUCAGCCAUAAAAGCCAAUUGUGGGAUUGAGCUUGCUCUUGACGAGUGCGUAGCAAUUCUAAACCACAUGCGUAGACUAAAACGAAGCGCUGAGCGAGCUGCUGCUUCAUCUCACAACCUAGCAAGCACAGUCCGAUUCAAUGCUUCUAGUAGAAUUCCUUCAUGGAACCGUAUCGCACGUGAGAACUCAGCUGGGUCCCUCGAGGAAGAAGCCCUUGUAGACAUUGCUUCCGCAGGAGGUCAUACUCUUCGGAAUUCGCGGACCCACCGGAUCAUACAUGAUGGAAGUGAUAGUGAAUCCGAGAGUGUUGAUCAAAAUACUUGGACAAGAUCUGGUGGUCCUUUGAUGAGGACAACUUCAGCGGAUCAGUUUGUUGACUUUGUCCAAAAUUUGGACAUCGAUGGAAAAUUGAGCAAAGGAAUGAUGGGUCAUCCCAAUAAUUUCGUGAUUCAGAGUUUAAGGGUAACAGCACCGGAUAGAAGCUCUAACAGAGAGUUUGAACCGAGGGAUUUUAGUGACAGAGUUCCGAUGAACAAUUCUAGCAUUAUGGUCAAUGAAGGUGACCUGUUACAGCCCGAGAGGAUCCAUAACGGUAUUGUUUUCAAUGUUGUGAAGAAGGAAGAUUUCACGCCAACAAAUAGGAGUCAUGAUGAUUCGGAAAACAACAGCCCAAGGCAGAUUUCAGUUGCUGAAUAUAUGCAACUUGACUGUCCAGAAAAGGAAAUUGAUGCGAGCUCAGAAUCUGAAUGUGACAACAACGAUGUUAGCACAGAAAAUUGUUUUGAUGAAGCAGAUUCUGGUUCUCACCCCAAGGAUUGUUCUGGUCUUGGUGGUGAUGAUAAUGAUAACAGUGUUGUGGAUGGUUGAGAUUUGAGCAUGAUUUCAGUUUGGUAAUGUGAAAUUUUACUGUGAGCAGAAGAGUAGGGAAUUUUCUCACUUACAACAGAAAAGGGAGAAGAAAGCGAUUCAUACAACGAAAGACAUCACAGAAAAGCAUUGACACGUUGAUUUGGGAGUGACACUUUGUAAAUAAGCAGUUCCGCAAUGCCGCUAAACACUGGUUGUUUGCUGCAAUGGAAGAAGUAGGGUGACUGUAAAAUAACCGUGUUUGCGCGGAUGGAUGGUUGUUUUCUAAGUUCAGAAUCAGAUAAUCCAUUGUUCGAUAAGCUGUAAGUUUUAGCUAACCUUGGUUGGCAUUAUAUUAUGAUUUAGCUUUGUACUGUUAUCAAAUUUCUGUAAAUUUCUACUUAUUCAAAUAAUUAAAAUCUUGUAAAACAGGCAUGUAUGAUGAUAUUUUUUCCA